AGCCAUUUUGGCUCAAGCUGUAUUGGCGUAAGCGGGAAUACCUAAAGCCCACGCUCAGAAAGUCUGCCCGCAAGAGGUGCGACAACCGGCGCCCGCCAGGAUGCCGAACGCGGAGAAAUUGGCGAAGAAGGCCGAGUACUUCAAGAAGCUGGUCGACCUCUGCGUCAACAGCAAGAACGGCGCCCUGCUCGUCGGGGUGGACCACGUGCGCUCGAAGCAGAUGCAGGAGAUCCGGAUCGAACUCCGGGGCAAGGCCGUCGUGCUCAUGGGAAAGAACACGAUGAUUCGGAAGGCGCUGCUGCUCGGCGCAGAACAGCACCCUGGCUGUGGGCUUGACCAGCUGAGGGCGGGCAUCAACGGCAACAUGGGAUUCAUCUUCGCCACAAAUUGCCAGCUGGACGACAUCCGCGAGACACUGAAGAAGUACCGGCUGCCUGCCGCGGCGAAAGCGGGGCAGUUGGCCCAGGUCGAUCUCUCGUUGCCCGCGGGCCCCACGGGCAUGGACCCGUCGCAGACGGCCUUCUUCCAGGCCCUCAACAUCGGCACCAAGAUCGUGAAGGGGCAGAUCGAGCUGGUCGCCGAGACGCCCGUGCUGAAGGCAGGCGAGAAGGUGUCCCCCGGAGGCGCGGUGCUCCUCGGCAAGCUCGGGGUGAAGCCUUUCGAGUACGGCAUGGAGGUGCAGCAGGUGUUCCAGGACGACGGCUCCACCUUUUCGGCUGCGGUGCUCGACGUGAAGCCAGAGCAGCUUGUGGGCAAGUUCCUGGCGGGCCUCAACAACAUGGCCGCGUUCAGCCGCGAGAUCGGCAUCCCCACGGAGGCCGGCCUGCCCCACGCGUUCGGGAACGCCUUCAGGAACGUCUGUGCCCUCUGCGCCGAGAUCGACUUCACCUUCGAGCAGAUGGAGCCCGUGAAGAAGUUCCUGGAAGACCCCGAGGCGUACGCGGCGGCGAACGUCACGGCCGCGGCGCCGGCGGCGGGCGGCGGCGGCGGCGAGAAAAAGGAGGAGAAGAAGGCGGCCGCCGUGGAGGAAGAGGAGGAGGAGGACGUGGACUUCGACCUCUUCGGCUGAGCGCCCCGCGGCGGCGGCGUGGGGGAGGGGAGGGGAGCGGUCCGCUGGUCUCGGACGUCGUCGACCAGCUCGCCGGCCGCCCCCGUGACUGGCGACGAAACAAUGACACCCUUGUGCGUGUGUGCGUGUGUGGAUGUGUGUGAGCGCGGUAUUGUCGCCUUCUGUGGUUCGGCCUUUUUUGGUGGCGAAUUCGAAGGACCGCAGACGUCUAUUCUUGACAGGCUAAACAUGCUUAGUCUCGACUCAGGCAAGACUAGCCGGGCACGCCUCUGGUCCUUGUACUUUGCAGAAUUACAGACAAUCCUCCGGGUCGUUUGCGCGGAAUCCGCCGGGUCGUGUGCACGGAAUCCUGGGGCAAUUUUCUCCACGUCGGCGCGUGUUCUCGUUGUCUCGCGCUGUCCAUGCAGACCAUAACCAUGCAA